AUGAGCGCGGGAGAGCUCGAGAACGAGGCGGCCGCGGCCGCGGACGCCGCUCCGUCCACCGAGAUCGACUCGGGCGGCUCGGGCAAGUUCAAGCUCUACACCAAGACCGGGGAUCUGGGUUCGUCGUGCCUGUUCAACAUGGAGCGACGAGACAAGGACGACGACGUGUUCGAGGCUCUCGGCGACGUCGACGAGCUCGGCGUGUGCGUCGGCAUCGCCCGCACGUUCGCGGAGGAGCACGUGACGCCCGACGGCGAGAUGCUGGCGCGGCUGCUGGAGAUCCAGUCCAGAUUGCUGGACGUGGGCAGCGCGGUGGCGACGCCGCUGCAAUCGUCGUCGACGGCGGAGUGGAAGGCGAGGCGGGUGGAGUUCGCGGAGGAGCACAUCACUCGGCUCGAGGGUUGGAUCGACGAGUACGACGAAUCGCUGCCCCCGCUGACCACCUUCAUACUGCCCUCGGGGGGUAAGACGGCGGUGCACCUGCAUCAGGCGAGGACCGUGUGUCGAAGGGCGGAGCGGCGGGUGGUGCCCCUCGUGCGCGACGGGGACUGCGACCAGGCGGUGGGGCGGUACCUCAACAGGCUGAGCGAUUUUCUGUACGCGGCGGCGAGGUACGCGGCGCAUCGGGAGGGACACGAGGAGCUCCCGUACAAGAAGGCGGCGUGA